AUCGACUUGAUAAACACUUGCUCCUUUGUUGCUCUGAUUUAGAGCACAAAGCAUGUCCCGACCAUGACGACCAAAACAGGAGACCAGGAGUCUCCUCAGGCUUCGGCCUCUCAAGUCGACCAACCCAGCGUCAAGCGCGCUCCACCCCCAGAAACCCCGGCCGCCCUCCAAACGCGAUUUCGAGUGAUAGCAGCCUUUUGGGCCGUAAUUAUAUUCCUUGGAUUCCCGAUAUGGUGGAAAACAACAUCGAUCUACCGGGCGUCUCUCCCAAUCGAGGAGAUGGUGGAUUGGGCUGAUAGCAAGGCGUGCCGGCCAGUCUUCCCUUUGGAAAUUCACCUUGCGACACCUUCGCUGCAAUCUUUCGAGGCCCAGCACCUCCUCCGCACCACGCAGCAUACCCUCGAUGAUCUCAACGAGUUCGCAGCUCAUCACCUUCGGCUUAAGUUGACCAACGGCAGCACGGCAGCAGGUCAUAACGGCAAAGACAGCCCGGAAAGUGUCAAAUAUCCUGCAGAGGAGACAGCGGAUAUUGCAUUGACUGUCCGAUUACUGCCCCAGGAUGGCCUAGCAGGUCCUUGCGACGACACAGCUCGAUAUCUUCUACCCGCCGAGCCAGGUCCCUGUACCUUCCUCCUCCAAUUCCCCCUCUCCACUUUCAUUGCGGCGGAGCUUCAGCGAUUGUAUAGUGAGGAGAAGGCUACUAUAGCGCACAUCUUGUCUGGAAAUACUGCUGGGCUUGAUUCGACCUCACCACAACUCGCCGAAGAGAUCGACCGAAGACUGCGCCGAUCGAUGAAAUAUGCUGAAACCUACCACCUCUCCUUCUCACUGUUUACCCCCAGAUCUGAACCUUCCUCGUGGGACAUUGAGGCUGCGGUGCACGAAUAUGUCUCCCCGCUCCUGCAGGCCUUGUCUCCUAUCAGCAAUUUCACUGUCGACACCCAAGUACAGCUCUAUGCGAACUUUGCACCCACUGCGCCAAAGCCUGAGUAUGAUGAGUCCGAGGCGGCAUGGACAUUGAAGAAAGAAGAUCUAAGUGCCUUCGUCAAUGCUGCCGAGUGGCCGCUGAACCCCAGCAUCGGCAGUGGCCCGACGAUCAAUUUCAUCCUCUAUGUCCCAGACCCCUCGCAGUCUCCACUCAUUAUCAAGGAGAACCAUGCUUCUAGUUGGAUGAUCCCCCAAUGGGGCGGAGUGUUCCUCCUUAACCCGCCGCUUUCCCAUACCGAUAACCAGGGUGGCCCGUCCAAUCCUGCCCAUCUUUCCCAGGACUCUUUAGGUCCUGCAUUCAUGACCUUCUCUCAUCAACUCCUCACCCUCCUCGGUACUCCAAGCACCCCCGCCUGCCUCCCACUCCGUCUCCAGACAUCUAUCCGCAUUCGCGCGGCCAGCUUGUUGCUCUCCGCCUCAUCAACAAUGGGCUCGCUUGCCCGUCUCACUGAGUCUUUACCCUCCAUCCCUAUCCCGGCAACCGUGGCUACUUCGGUCUCCACCACUCUCUCUCAUUUGGGUGCAUCCUGUGCUCACUUGCGAGAGGGUCGUUUCGGCGCUGCGCUUGCCAGCGCCCGAGUCGCGGAGACAGAAGCUGAGCGCAGCUUCUUCGAAAAGAGCAUGGUGGGUCAGGUAUAUUUCCCAGAUGAGCAUAAGGUGGCGGUUUAUCUGCCCCUUCUGGGACCAAUUGGCGUCCCUCUUCUUGUUGGGUUGCUCAAAGAGCUCAAGAGAAUUGCGGCUCGACGCAAGGCGAAGGGGGCAGCAUCGUAG